AUGGAUACAGAAAACCUUUAUGGUUCAAUUAGUAAACUUCACAAGGCUUUAAAACAUGAUAAAAUAUCUCUGAAAAAAAUUCAAGCUGGGUUGAGGAGUCAACCAACUUAUACGUUACAUCACCCGGUGAAAACAAAGUUUCCAAGAAAUCAUUACCUAGUUCAAAAAAUUGAUCAGUUGUGGGAAAUAGAUCUUUCAUCAACAAAUAAAGCGGCUGUGGUUGAACGAUUCAAUAGAACGUUAAAAGAAAAGAUGUUCAGGUUCUUUACAGAAAGUUCUAGUAAAAGAUACAUAGACAUUUUACCGCAACUCGUUAAAAGUUACAAUAUUUCUGUACACAGUACCACAAAAUUUCGUCCUGCAGAAGUUGAAUUAAAACAUACUAAAGAAAUUUACAACAAUUUUAAAAAACGUUUUCAAAAAGACCCUAAAUUAUUUGUUGACAUUUUUGUCGGAGAUUUAGUACGAGUACGUAGAAAAAAAGCAACUUUUGAACAUGGCUAUACAGAAAAAUGGACGAAAGAAAUUUUUAUAGUAAAUAAAAUUAUAAAUAGAGAACCUUAUCCGUUAUUUGUACUGCACGAUUUGAAGGGUAAAGAAAUAAGCGGAAGAUUUUAUUUUCAAGAGCUGCAAAAAGUUUAUGUUUAA